AUGCUGUGGAAGGAGCGGGAGCAGGCGGCGAUUGAGAGGUUCCAGGUGCUUUCCCAAAGCGAAAGCAUCGACCCCACCACCGCCGAGGGACGCCGCAAGCUUCGCCGCGCCGUGCGGUUGCAGUGGCGCCGCCAUGACCGGCCCAACGGCGAACAGCGGUACCUCCUCACGGCGCCACCACUAGCCCGGCUCGAGCUGACCACCGACGACAAUUCUGUCCCCGUGUUGACCCGAGAAAUGAUGCGGUUUGUCCUCAGCUACGCCGUCGACCACCGCUUCGAAAUCCGCCACCUCGAGAUCGAGGACGCGUUCAAAUACGCCGAGCUUGACGUCGAGGCCUACGCUUACCUGGAGGCUAAGCCGGCGGGCAUUAUCCACCCGGUCGUGGCCGAAAACAAGCCGGUAUCGCUUGCCAAAAUCAACAAAGCGAUCAUGGGAUGGGCUCAAGCCGUGCCUCUUUGGUAUGCUUAUUUCUACAAAUCGCUCGAGAAGAUUGGUCUUAUCACCACCAAAUACGCUAAGGGGGUGUAUACCCACUUCGGUGAGGGUACUAUCCAGUUGAUCGUUGCCGUUAACAACGACCAGCUAUUGGUGGCAUCUAGAGACGAUUCCAGCUAUACCUGGUUCGUCGACCAGUUGAGACAGGCUACAUUUGAGGUGGGCGAGUAUGGCCGUCCCACGCGAUUUAUGAACAUCGAUUUUACCUAUCCUAGCGACGGCGUCGUCCAUCUUUGUGACCGCCCUCAAGUGGCGGCAUUCAUCAAGAAGUUUAACAUUGAUCCCUCGAGGGGACCUCGUCUCGAAGAACCGAUACCGGCACAGUUCGAUUGGUCUCGGUUCGAUGAUAAACAGAAAUUGUGUGAGAACAUGACUGCCAACCAGAUCGCCAGGGGCAAAACGUGGAUGGAGGUGAGGCUAAACGAGUUGGCAGAGAUUUCCCACAGCACUCGUCACGACAUCAACGAAGUGGUGGCCAAAUUAUUCUCGUUUUCAGACCACCCCCAUCUCCUCAUCCAGCGAAUGGUGCAGCGGGUGAUGCUCUUUGUGGCGCAAACCCCCGACCACGGCAUGGAUUUUAAACCACGAAAGCGACGGCUGAAGACGUCGCGCACCCUCACCUGCAAGUCGGGGACGUUUAACAUCGCCGGCGUGGUGCUGGCCUCGGUGUACUCGGCGGGGAAGAUGUGGUGGAAGUGCCUACUAUACAACGAAACCAAACUGGAAAUCGACAACCACCUCGAUAUACUUUCCGAAGCUGUGACGUGGGUGUUGGAUACAGCAGCAGUAUUGCGAUUCUUCGAGUCCGGCAACGUCAAAGCUUCCCCCUCCAGCGAGGUCUCGAUAAGAUUGGGCAGUAACGAAUUGGUUAGCGCAUUGUAUCAUAAAUGCUACACGCUGCCGGAUCCUUCGUAUAUGGAUACCUUCAAUCAAUUCUGCCGAGUAAUUGAGACUUUCCACUGGCUCGUUUGUGACAUUGGCGCACCAUGA